GGAGCAAUCCAAAACCGCUGUUUUCACAGGUCCCAGCCUGGCAUUCAGCACGGCGCCAGCACAACAGCUUGUCAGGGCCGGUCAGAGCCAUGAACAGCAUUGGAGGACCAAACAUUUGCAUGGUUUAGAUGGCGUACCAUUGGUGGUUGUGCUCACGUGCUACUGUUUUCGUCUAAAGCCUUGUGCAGCGCUGUCUGCCGAUUGUCAUCCGCUGCCCACCGAUCCGCUGCCCACCGGGCGCAAACAAUCCGCACGCCGGCGCGUCAGCAGACGUCUGUGUGCAAAGCAUGGCACUGUACCAACCUGUCCAGUCCUGGAUGAAGGCAUCUGAAGCUGUCAAAAUCAUUGGCACCGAACAAGGCGAUGGGUUCACGGUGUACCGGGUUCAAGUUACAAUCCCCCCUUACUGCUGGGUGGCCAAGCACCGGUACAGUGAUUUCAAGGAGCUCCAUAACAAGCUUCGGCGCAACUACCACGUGGAGCGGAGUCUUCUGCCGCCCGGCAAGGUCCUAGGGCGCCAGGCAGCCAGCUUUGUGCAGCAGCGCCAGGCCGAGCUCGAGCACUACCUCGUCACGCUGGUGCACCACUUUGCGGACGGCCUGCCGCUGCCCCUGGCACGCUUCCUCCACUUUGACCAGUUUGAGGUGCGUACUGUCGUAGCCGACUUGGCUGAGCAGCUGUUUGAGACGGGCGAGCAGACCCUGGCUGGCGACUCCCGCUUCUGCACCACCCCACUGCAGCUGCACUGCCUCACCGAGAGGCUCAAGUUGGCUGAGCCCACCUGCAGUUCAGAGGACAAGCGGCGAGACCUGGCCCAUGUGCUGGACUUUGUGUCCCAGCUGCGGCACCUCGAUGUGGUGGCUGAGCCAGGCUGCCUGGGCGCCAGCAGUGUGCGCCCCAGCUGCCUGCCAUUCGACCUGUCCCCUUUUCGGAGCCUCCGUACACUCCGGCUACAAGGUUGCGAGGUGCGUGGCCAGCUGUCGGGGCUGGAGGUGUUGCGGCCACAUUUGCGGGAGUUGGCUGUCGAAAGUGCACUGUCGCCCAUGGCGGACUUGUCAUGCAUGCUGGUUGCCGGAGACAUCUGGCAAGCAGCAGCGUGGCCCCAGGUACAGAGGGCGCGCUUCAACCGCAACGGCCUCCACACGAUUGACCUCAGCGUGCGUCUGCUGACAUCUGUGGAGCACCUCGAGCUGCUGGGCAACAAGCUGUCGAAGGUGGAGAACCUGGAGUGCCUGUCACACCUGUCGACACUCAACGUGGCUGAGAACUGCCUGCGGCAGUUGCCUCCACUGCACACCCGCCUAGGAAAUGUGCGACAACUCAUCCUGGCGGGAAACCAGAUCGACUCUUUGGCUGGGCUGUCACGGCUGUACUCCUUGGUGGAGCUCGACGUGUCGCACAAUGCCAUCGCACUCGUCUCCGAGGUGGGUCACGUGGGGGCGCUGCCGUGCCUCGAGAGCCUUGAUCUGCGUGCCAACCCCGUGAACCAGCUGAUCGACUAUCGAGCCCAUGCGCUGCUCCUCUUUGGGGGCCGUGCAAAUGAGGUUGUACUUGACGGGCAGAAAGCAACGCAGAAGGAGCUGGACACUGUCAACGUGUUGCGUGCCUUGCAAGUAGCCAAGGAUAGGCGACCCCCCACCAAUACAGCAGCCGCGUGCGGCAGUGAAAGCGGCAACAGAAGAGCUCUCGAUUACUUCUCUGGGCAAACGAUUCCAAUCACGGAUGGUACGGGUGAAGAAAGAAUUCAUGGUUACCCCAGCACCAACCUGCAGCCCUGUGCCCCAGAAGGCGGUGCCCCCGAGCUGAGGGGGCCACUCGUGGACAAACAGCCAGACGCAGCAGCAGACGAAUUCCGGCAGCAGGUGGCCACAAUGCGGACCCUUGGGGGCACUGACUGGCUACGACUGUUCAACCUCAUGAGCCAGCAGCAACAGAUGACACAGCAGCCGAACCAGCCAGCACAGUCAUUGCCAGCAGCGCCGAGUGGCUCAGACUGCGAGAAGCCCAUUGGUGAACUCGCCCUUCCAGACUGGCUUCUACGGACCGGUCUUCAGCAGCCAAGCUUCCAGGACCAGUUACAGGCUCAGGCUAAGGGCCUUGCUCCGGAAUGGGUUGCCUGGUGCGCACGGGUUGAGGCACCAACUGUGGCUACGACUGUGGUCUGCAUCGUGGCCAACUGCACCGGCUUGAAUCUGCUCGAGCUGGAGCAAGUGCAAGGCAGCAGUGGAGCAGUGGUGCCGCAGUUUGGACAGUGCACAACCAUCGCACCCUCACGGAUAGAGCGUCUUCUUAGGGGCCCGCACCGGAGCUACAUCGAGCUGAGGACAGAGUUACAGCCUAGGGCUAGUGGUACGCUCCUGCUGCCUGCUACAGCCGAGGAGGCGGAUUAUCUGAUGCGCAAGUUUGCUGCCACAUUUGGCCUGGAAUGCAGAGACAAAUUUGCGCCGGCGCACGUGGAGUGUGUGGCUGCAGGUGCAAUGUCUGCUGCCGAUGUUCGGUAUUGUGGACGCAUGCUCUCGAAUGAUGCUGAUGCAGGAAUGAUACAUUAUGUGCUUGUGGUGCGCAAAGAAAUAGUGGUGGUGGUCGAGGACACGUUCGGCGUAGUGCAGCCGUUUCGAGUGGAGCAAACGUGGAAUGUCGCUCUGCCUGUGGUGGACGUGCAGCUUCCCGAGCACUGGCCAGCUUCCGUGGCCUCCGUAGAUGAGUUCAGAAAGUGUGGUUUUGGUGUGAGGAUCAGCUUUGAAGGAGGACAGCAGUUUGAGGCACGGUUCCAAGUGAGAGAUUCACGCAGCCAGUUCCUUGAGGCUUUUCUGGCUGCCAGGAACUCUUGACAGCGGUGUACAAACACUUCAUGUUAUCGGACUUGCACCUCACAGCUUCCACAUGCCGUCGCUUCUCUGUCACAAGCAGUGCAGUUAGCCAGAACUAAAGUGCGUUCAAGUUUGUACCUUGUGCAUGCCUUGCGGAAAUGUGAUUAGAACUCGAAGUAUAUUACCAUUGAUUCCUACACUUGCUGUGUGCCUUUGACAAGCCAUCCAGCACAAUGUUGAGGUUUUCAUAGCAGGCUUCUGUGAUUGAGCAGUAGGAGCUUUUUUUUUUCUUUUUUCAUGUGUGUUCACAUAUUUGCAUUUAAAAAAAAAAAUCUCAGCCAUCCUGUAGCAAGGAGUACCUGGAUGUGAUACCCUAUUGCCAUUCUGUGUAUCCACACUGUCGUAUUCAUGCAUGUGUCUGUAAUGAGAAGCUACAGAUGCAGUUAGCAGAUUCUGUUGUUGAGCAUGUUGUUGAGAGCUUAUGCAUAAGUUGAAGAAUUGCUACAAGCCAUGGGUGUAGAACUUGUGCUAGAAUUUAGCCCCACAGUGCAUGUGGUGGAGGCCAAAGGGAAGCACAGCUGACUGAUGCUAGUCCUGUCAUUUUUAUCAGCAAGGAAGUUUGCGAUUGUUGGCUUUGCCUGGUGUCUAAGUAACAGCACAUGUUAAGGGACGAAGUAAAGCAUUGGGCUAGUGCACAGAGUUGUCAUGUCUUUUGUCUGGUUCCCUGUGUUUGUUGGCAGUUGAGAGUCUAGCUUUGUCACCUAAUAUUGUCGGAAGGCAGUGGCAAAACUUAACCGUGGCAACUCAAGUUGUACUGCAUACAAAAUGAGUAUGUUGCAAAUCUUUAAGCAAUGUGUGUGUGAUAAGUGCAAAUACGUGUGUGAAGUGCAAGUCUGUAAUGACUGUGUUGCAAGAGCAUUUUUUCCCCCAUAUUGUGUCCACCUGUUCCUCUUGGUUUUGCACUCUAGCUGUUGUGCCUUCACCCCUCAUCAAAUUCACAUCUUCAGUGGAACACAACAGCUGAGACUGAGGAACAGCAGUGCACGUAGGCCCUAUGGCUUGUCCAAGGUGCCUGCCGUAUCUGUCGUGUUUACACGGUAGUACUGUUUGAGUGGCCAAGUUAUGAAGUGACCCGACUGAAGAUGUGUUUGUUUCAUACGAUGGAGAACAAAUGAAAUUGCUUAGGAACUCUGAAUUACAUUGACAAACUUGGCCGUGUGUCGGUGCUAUAAAGCAGGAUUUUCAGUACCUGUGUGAAAGUGAAAUGUAUGUGCAUGCUGGGAUCCCUUUCCUUUUCUUGGUGGCCUGAGCACAAGGGUUUGCCUUGCCCACUGGCUGGAACAUUUCAUGUGUGUUUCGUGUUUAGGUCAACAAGACUUUGUAUUGCAGGUGACGAGGGUAGAGUUCAACAGAGCCAUUUGCUACCUGCACUACUAGUGGCACAAAAUUUUGGACAGGAUUAUAUCCAUUUAUUCUGUUGGCUUAAAAAUAAAUGUGUUGGAAUGCCAAAAUUUUUAAUUGAAUACAAAUAUUCGGAAGAAAAAAAAACGCUUUGAAUGUCAAAUUGGAAUACCGAUCAUUUCCACUUUCUAAAGAAAGUAGAAUAUUAAGAUGACAUGGAGUCCUUCUCACUUAUUUGCUAGGGUUGUAAGAAUGAUAAAUAUUUUCCAAUGGUCGGUAGUGUAUUAUGCUAAUUGAUAUUCUGUUUGGUUCGAAUUUCAGUAUUUUGGAUAUUUGGAGUAAUUAGAAACAAGCGAAUAAUAAUUUUGAAAUGUAAAAUCAACAGUUUCAGUCUCGGUAGUAAAGUCUUGUUGAAGUUAAUGUGGCUCGUGACCAAGGCAAGCCAAAGACAAAAUUUGUUUAUGGUUGCCGACUGAUAUUUUGGACCUGCUUGAUAAUUCGAAUAUUCCUGCAGCACUGUACCCGUUGCACUGGCUUAGUGGCUACGACAUUGCACUGCUAAGUGCAAGGUCGCAGGUUCAACUCCAGGUCAUGCUGGCCACACUUUUUUGGGGGCGAAAUACAAAAACGUUCAUGUACUUUUAGACUUCAGUACACAAUAAAGAACUCCAAGUGGUCAAAAUUAACAUGGAGUUUCCCGCGACAGCGUGCCUCAUAAGCGUAUCUUGGUUUUGACAAGUAAAACUCCUUAAUCUUUUCUUUU